CAAGUCCAUGAGGUCCAGUCUUACAUGGGGCGGCUGGAGACUUCAGACAAAGAGUCAGUACACUUAGUAGAAAAUGAGAUUCAGGCAAGAAUAGACAAUAUAUUCAGCAACUUGGAACGUCUGGAAAUCCUGUCCAGCAAAGAACCUCCCAAUAAACGACAGAAUGCUAAACUCCGAGUUGACCAGCUGAAAUACGACGUUCAGCAUCUGCAGACAGCUCUGAGGAACUUUCAACAUCGUCGUUACAUCCGGGAGCAGCAGGAGCGACAGCGAGAAGAGUUGCUUGCACGUACAUUCACUACUAAUGACUCUGACACCACCAUACCGAUCGACGAAACAUUACAGUUUAAUGAAUCCCUCCAGAAUGCCCAUCGUGGCAUGGAUGAUCUUAUUGGCAGUGGGACCAACAUCCUUCAGGGGCUGAGGGACCAGAGAGUGACAUUAAAGGGUACUCACAAGAAGAUCCUGGAUGUUGCCAACAUGUUGGGCUUAUCCAAUACAGUGAUGCGGCUGAUUGAGAAGCGAGCCUUCCAAGAUAAAUACUUCAUGAUUGGGGGAAUGAUUUUGACUUGUGUAAUUAUGUUUCUCGUCGUGCAGUAUCUGACAUGAGCUACUGAAUUAUUGUCGGAGGAGAUUUUCUUUUGGAGCAAGAUGGACUGUCCUCCAGACUGUACUUUCCUCCAAGUGCUGCUUUGGAUGAGCCCCUUCUGUGAACUUCAGAGUUUACAAAUCACACUCGGACAUGUUACGUGGAUAGCGCGUAGGGAAACAAAUUUCUCUGGGGACGCUGUAGAUGAGAAUGGCCCUAUAAAAAUAACCCUAGCCUUUACUGCUCUCACCUUACUGUCUGCAGGUUUAAGAAUCUGGUUAAAUAGGAAGGAGAAGUGAAGAUUUUGCCCAGCUGUACUGCAAGGUAGGAGUGCCCUUCUGGGCAGAUAGAGAUAGGAGGAUGCAAAGGCAGAGCAUAAGAUGUAGCGAGCCUCUCCUGUGCUAGCUACAAGUCACCCUGGUCACUGCGUUUUGCAAUGGAAGAAUGGCACUGAGGAGAAUUUCACAUUGUGGGCCCGCUCCUGUGGACUAAGUGUGCAAAAAACAAGGGGUUCCCAUCUGCAAACUCAUAUUUUGCCAGAAGGAUUUGUGGGGAAGGGUCUUAAAGCGCGGUUAUAACUCAGCUGACUUUUUUGCUUACACAUACAGUAUUAACCAGCACAAAUCUUUCCGUUUCAGGCUGAAAUGCUUCCCAUUUUAUCUGAGGUAUGUUUUGGUACCUUUUUAUGCCCCGCUGCUUCCCAGGGGAAGCUGAAUGCUGUACUCCUGCCUGUUUCAGUCAGCAGCACAUGAAGCCUGUGUCAUCUCACUGUGCCUAGUAUGAAAUCCAGCCACUGAAAACUGUAAGACUCUGACAUGUUUUUAAUGCUAGUGCACAUCACAUUUUGGUGUGUUUCCUUCCUUUUGUGAGGUGGUUGGUUGAGGUUUUGUGCUCAGAAGUGGGUAUUUUUUGAAUCGGUGAAGCAGGCAAGUCCUUGCUGUGCUCAGAUUCAGAUUUGUAGUUUUUAUGUCCAUAGAGCUGGAAUGGGCUCUCCCUGCUGUUCUUUGUGUUCAGAAUAACAGUGGGAUCAGGGCAGCAGACCUUUUACUUAAAAUCAGUUGUCAGAAUAGUUUCCUGAAGUUACGUGCCUUAGGAUGGUAAACAUCCCUCAUCCUUGGAAGGGUGUUCUUUGUGUUACCUGUUGUACCUGCAGAAUUACUGUGAAAGACCUCAUACAGAUCAUCUCACAGAGAUGACAGCCAGCUUAGACCCAUCUCCCUGGUUGUAGGGAUCUAUCCACAUUUAAACAUUCACAGUUAUGAAAUGCCUCGUUGUUUAAUAUGUCACUCUUUUCCCUGCAGGCUGAGGGGGCUCUCUUAGAAUGGCUGUCCUGAGAUUUUGGGCAUCAUCCGUUUCAAUCAGCCUUUGCAUACAUUCCCAUCCCUAUUUGUGUACAAGCCUGGAGCAUUUCCAGAUGUCUGACAGUGGCACGGAAGUGUCAUAGUCAGAUGAUGUGCCAUAAUGCUGGCAAUUCCUUCAUUUUUUUUCUGUCUGGAAUGGUUAUGGGUCUCUUAAUUAGUAAGAUUAAAAGUUCUGCAUUCUAUCUUUGCUGCAAUAAGCUUUGCUUUUAUUAUGUAGACUGUUGCAAACUUGGAGAAGUGGUAUUAAUAACUGUAAAAAAUAGAUUUCAGUUAAUAUGGGCAAGCAAAACAGGCUUUGGCUGGGCUUGUUUACAGUUGCAUAACUAAAGUAUUGACUGACCUGUGUGUUGUGGCAGAGCUUUGAAGCCCAGAUGAGAGUACCCAAUUUCAUCAGCUAUCACAGGCCAGGCAGCUUCCUGCUUGGAACCCAGGGCAAGAGAAGAGUCAGUCAGGAUGAGAUCUGUCAGUGCCUGGAUGUUCCUAUCGGAUGGUUCAGCAGAAGAGAGCAGGAAAGCUCCAGUGAUUGUGCCAUCAGCACAGUCCUGUGUGCCGAUGCCUUCUGGCUGUCCAUUUUGUGCUUUUCAGUGUGUUUGAUGCUUUGGAAGUGUUUUGUGCUCUUGUUCCUUGCUCUGAUAGGCUUUCCCAAGGGAACACAUUAGCAGACCUAGUAUAGAAUUGGUUUUCAUUGGAGCCUGAGGGACUAGAGAAUUAAAAGGAAAAGAGGAAAUCUGCAGUGAUGGACCGUCUGUCUUGCUGUAUCUUUAAUUGAAAUUUUAGAUCUAAAUUUACCGUAAAUUUAUUUUAAAUAGGCAACCUGAUAGAUUUAGCAUAGUAUGCACUGGCAGGAUCAUAUUCUGUGAGAUCAGUUGGGCACCGCGUAAGGGAUCCACAAGGACCUGGACAGGCUGCAGAGGUGGGUCUGUGCAAACAUCAUGAAGUUCAACAAGGCCAAGGGCAAGGUCCUGCCCAUGGGUCGGGGCAAUCCCAAACACAUAUUCAAGCUGGGUGAGGAGUGGAAUGAGAGCAGCCCCAAGGAGAAGGACUUGGGGGUGUUGGUGAGUGGAAAACUGUGAGUCACCAAUG